CUGACAGUCAGUUACUAUACGGGUGAAGGAAGAGGGCACUGUGUUAUUAAUUUCAAGACAGACAAGAGAUUUUUUUUUUAUUGUGUCACCAGCAUUGAAGGGGACGCCGAGUCCUUUCAUACCUGAGUAGGGACGCAACAUGUUUGGCGAGGUGACCAGGUAACCAUCGAUCGGCCAGAGGCAACAGAAAGAGUCCCAGCGCGGGAGUGUAUGGGGACAUGAGUGGUAGUUAUCGAGACAGGCACACACGCACAGGAGGGGACCGGUUUUUUUUUAUUUGGCAGUAUAGUGUUUUGGGAAUCGCGUGCCUGUUAUCUCUGGGCGGGGAAAAUUCAGUGUGUCAGAACAUCACGGAAAGCAAGGAAGUGGCAGAGGAGGUCUUAAAGAAUGAAGACGAAUGAAAAUAACAUAGGGAGUACAACCGAAUUUGCAGUGUCCGAAGAGUGGGAGUGUGAAGAGAAGUACAGACAACUGAAACACAGAAAAGUGAGGGCAGUGAAAACAAAGCACAUGAUGGCAGAGUUGGUUUUUAAAGAACGAACACGAAUAAACAAUAAUAUACUGUAGAUUUUAUAGUGUCAAUGAGUGGCAGUGUAAACAAAAUAUAGACAAUUAAAACAGAAAACGGAUGGGAACUGAAAACAGAGCGACGACGUUGAGAAUACCGAAUAGCUGAGCAUAAUCAUGAAAAAUCUUAGCAAUACAGAGCUGUGGAAUACCUAAGUGAGAAGCCAUUAUCAUUAGUGAGGAGAAAUAAGCAAGUGUAAAGUGUACAAUGGAUUAAAUGAAGUGUAGUGAAGAUAACUAAAAGGAACAAACGUGCUACAAAGAAUUUUCCAACUAGACUGCUACUACUAUUACUAUUACCACCACCACCACCACCACCACUAACACCCCCUUCCACCACCACCACCAUCACACCCUUCCGGAAACCAACCCAGAAAGAGUGUCAACAGAACAAUACUCAACUGAGGAAGAAAAAAAAAAAAAAAGAUAAGGUUCUAAGAUAACAAGGAAAGAUUCGCUUGACUGAAGAAGAAUGACGAGACGCAAGGAGAAGAUCAUGAUGGUGAUGAUAGGGAUCGUGGUGAUGACAGCUCUAUGGAUGGCGGUGGUAUGGUAUCGCCUGCCACUAAACCUGGCACCGAUCGCUGCACCCCACCCCGAUCAUACUGCAGACGAAGGAGCCAGCUGAGGGUAGUAUCAUGCUCCUGGAGGGCUACGGGGGCGAAAGACUCACCUACAGGAUGUUUUGUGCUGUGGAAUCUGCCGCGAGGAAAUCACCCACAACUACCAGUGUAUCUGCUUAUGACCUCCACUAUAGUGGACGACUCCUCACUCCUGCGCAGCCUCACGGAUUCGCUCGGCAACCUUCAUGUGGCACACCUCGACACGGCGCGCCUCUUCAAGGACACGCCCCUCGAGGCAUGGCACGCCCGCAGAGCCUGGGAGGAGAGCAAGUGGCCCACUUCUCACUACAAUGACGCCCUCAGGUGGCUGCUACUGUGGCGAUACGGCGGCAUCUACUUAGACAUGGACGUUGUGGUGACGCGGUCCCUCUCUGCCCUCCCAAACUGCACUGGUUUGGAAUCGGAUCAGUGGGCAGCGGCUGGGGUUCUCAAGUUCUCCCCGUCCCACCCUUUGAUUUACAGCUGCCUCACCUACUUUGCACAACACUUCGACGGGCAGGUGUGGGGGGCGAAUGGACCUGAACUAAUGACGCAGGUUCUGAAAGACAGAUGUGGCCUGGAGCUGCCUUCUGGACGCACCCCGCACUGUCCUGACGUGGCCGUGAUGCCCCCGAGAGCCUUCUAUCCCGUCCCUUGGUGGGAAUGGAGGCGUUACGUUACUGAUGACCCGGAGCUGAGCCGCGACCUGCUGAAUGACCCCCAGGUGCUGGUGCUUCACGUGUGGAAUCUGCACACGAGUCACGCCCUUGUGCGCCUCACCUCUCAGCAGCCCUAUGCCCGCGCCGCCCAAGUCUUCUGCCCCACCACUGCCGCCCACGCUGGGGACGCUAUGUGACCUGCCAGUGAUGAUCUGACAUAAUGUGAUCUGGUGCUGCUGAAAACGACGACCAGCGGUGACGUUGAUUAUUAUUCUCGUCAUAAUCAUUUCGUGUCAUGGUGCUACGUACUUUUCUAUAUGAUUGUGUUAUUCUGGCACUGUACUGGCGUGUUUCUGGAGCUGCCCUUAUCAGCAGGGCGUUGAGAUAGUGUAGGAAUUUGCUUUUGUGAGUCACUUUGGCUGGAUGAAGGGGUUUAUUGAGAUUAUUGCAGUACGCGUAUGACUGCACCGUUGUUCCAUAGCCAAGAUUAAACCAGAGAAUGUUAAGACAACACCAAUUAGCCAAGUGUCGGCGAGUCAGAUGCACCUUUGUACACAUUCCCGGAGCGAAGCCUCGGAGCAGGAAAGGUCACCAGGGAAGGACCGCUCACUGGAUUAUGCAGACCAGGGGAAGGCAGAUGGUCGGCGGUCAGAAAUCUGCAAGGUGUCUUGUGACCGUUGCAAAUCAAAUCACCACUUCAAUAUUGGCCGGAGUGCAGCAGGGCAUCGGCAGCUGCAUGUUGCCGGGUGGAACUGUUCAAGGGCAAGCUAAAAGUGAUCGGAUAAUUACAGACCCGCUUCUUGUAAUAACACGGACAGUUAAUAAUCAAGCCUUGCAGACACCGUAUACGUGGCGGACCCACAUAAAUUUAAGGCAAACGUACAAUUAUGGAGAACCAAAUUCCAAGGGACAGUGCGUAAUUCAGAAGCUAAUUAUUUCUGGCCAAAUUCCAUUUAGUUUCAUAAAUAAGGCGGGGAAAUUCGAGGACCAAUCAGAGGGCAACAUCUGUCCAUCAAUCCCAGACACGACGAGACCACGAGACACAUUAUUUCUGAAAACCUUUUGCGUCCCGACUACGUUCAAAAAGCUGUAGUUGAAUUUCCAUGGGUUUUCAGGGGGCAUUUUUACGGCUCUAGCGAAAGAUUAACAAGAUUUCUAUAGUAUUAACAGGAUAAACGCUCUUGGUAAUCCGGCUGGUCAUCUUUGUUGUCUUUGAAAACAGUCGUGGUGAGAGAGCUAAGCAUCUCUGAAUACGAGACAGACACUCCUCAGCGCACAAAAGAUCUGAUGGCAGAAGAGAUCUAAAGGUGUAUUGGUGCAAAGUUUUUGUAUUUUGCUCCCCUCUCCCUACUCCCCCUCCCCUCCCUGCAAUACACCCAAGACGUAUCAGUGCACCGGGAACUCCACUGGGCCGUCUCUUAAGCACUGCACCUAGUACCCAAGUCCCCGUCUUGGAGAAGGAAGUGUUUGUUUACGCCGGUACAUGUUGUGUGUUGUGUGUUGUGUGAUAAUGUUGUUUUACUUUUGUAUGGAAGUAAAUGCAUUGAUGUGAUAAUGA